GCCAGCCUUCUUCCCCAAAUUCCCAGAUAAAACAGAGCAGUAGUCGAAGCACGGCUCCGGCGGACCCCUCCCAAAUUCCCCAAAUUAAACCCUCGCUCGCCGCCCUCCUCCGCCUCCGGCGUCGCCUCGCCGGCACGCCGUGACCCACCAUGUCCGUGGACGACUGCUUCAUCCCGCUCCCCUCCCCACUCCAUGACCGCUGGCGGUGCGGCUCUCACCCCUGCCUGUCCCAGCUAGAUCUGGACGACCGCGCGGCCGCCGGUUCUGGCACGGCGGGCGAGGGAGCCGCCUCGCAUGGCGUCCCCAGACGCAUCCUGCGGAGCCCUAACCGCCCACUCGCCGUCCCCCCGACGCGCCUCCCUCCUCCUCCCCUCGAUCCGCUGCCUGCUAUGUAUAAGGGGAAUGCCUUCCCAGAGGAGGAGCCAAAGCAACGCCAAGUCCAAGUUUCACGUGCCGCUUCAAAGGGGAGAUAUGCAAGGUUUAAAGAGAAUUUGAAUGCCAAGCCACAGGAGACAAAGCAACAUCACCAUCAAGUUGCCGUCUCAUGCGCCGCUUCAAAAGGGAGGAGUCGAGCUGGUUGGAUGUCCAUGGAGAGGAGCACUCCUGAAGGUAUCAACAUGGAGGAACAUGCUUCGAGGUUUCAGCCUUUGCCCCUGCCCAGAUUUACGAGUGACUUGGACCGGGCUACCGUCGGAAUUCCAGUUGUAAUGCGAAAGAGGAAGCCUCCGGAGGUGAGGAAUGCGCUCCGUGAAAGAAGAGUCGCGACCAAACAAAAGGACGCACGCUACCAUGCGGAGGUGGCCUUGCGUAAAUACAACAGAGCCAAGAACACCAAGUUUGAACUGGUGAAGGUAAAAGUGAUAUCUAUAUUUUAUGAGUUUGGAGGGGCCGGCGCCCAUUAUAACUUCACAGCUAAGCAGCCUGAGGAGCAACAUUCUGCUGAUGCCGACAGUACCAAGCUAUUCUUCUCUGAAGUCCACCUGAAUUUUCGGAGUGAGAAUGAUGUGAUUAUGUGCUGUAUAGUUGGGGAAAAUGACGCAGGGCAUUGCUAUGGCUGUGAAAACUACCAGCCUGUUAUUCACCCAAGCAGCCAAGCAUACGGCGGCGGUAGUAGCACUUGUAUUGACUAUCCUUGCUCAGACGGCGAUAGCGACAGCGACUAGUAAUGUAGCACUUGAAGCCCGGUGGCCGGCGCUUGCUUGUGUGGCCAGUCUUCUCGGGUGUGUAUUGACUUGUUUGCAAUUCUGCGAGAAUAUCCAAUCGCAUGGAGUAAAUGGAUGAACUUGAGAAAUGUGUCGUUGGAUGGAGACCCGAGUCUCAACUGAAUGUUGGCUUGUGUGACCAAUCCAAUAAUGACAUUUGCUAUUGUGGUUUGCGUCUUGGCCUGAGAAAAUAUGCACUACGGUGAGUAAAUGGAGUUAUGUAGACAUGGGAUGGAAACCUCAACUUGGAUGGAGUAGUGUCAUAUUUGCUCUUGCCACUUCCUUAUAAUGUAGGCCGUAGGGAUGUUUGUAGACGAGAUGGUAUAUAGUGUCAUAUUUUGUUGAGUUGUUAUAUUUGAUAUACUUUUUAAGA